AUGUGGUUUGCUUCCAGCUUCUAUUUGAGCUUGGCAACCAUAUUUAAUCUUGCGCUCGGAUUAACUGUUGUCUCAACGGAUGAAGAAGGUUAUGGAGCUGCAAACUACCUUGACGAUUUACAAAUCAAUGCUGGAAAAACCCUUUCUUUCGACAAUAGAUAUGGUAUCUUGAUGAACAUCUUCACUGGUGAAGUUACCAAUAAUGGACGCUUGUUCAUCACCGAUUCCGGUACCAAUCUCGGUAUGACUGUCAACUUUAUGCAAGGUAUUUAUAAUACAGGAGAGGUUGUUCUCAAUGCUGUCAAUGAGUUGGGGGCACCAACUUUCAACUUCUUGGGCCUUUAUUUUGUGAACCAUGGGCUGAUAUACAUGGGAGGAGAAGGAGCCAUUGGCACAACAGUUAUGGACAUUUGGCCCCUUUUGACGGCGACUCCAGAAAACUACGGCACUAUCACUUUUGCUCAAACCGUUAGUUCUGGCGGUGUUGCAUUUUUUGGACAAAUUGGACAAAGCGUUUACAACAAUGGUACCAUCUGCUUAUCUGAGAUAAAUUUACAACAGGAUUCUCUGGUCAGUGGUACAGGAUGUUACUCUGUUGGAAAUGAUUCCAUGAUUCUUUUGGACUCUCCUGUGACCUGGGACUUAGGUUCGGGCCAAACAGUGUAUCUUGAAACGCCUACUUCGGCCAUCCGUAUUGGAGCGUCAACGCCUCUCAACAACAUCAACAUUGCUGGAUGGGGUAACGGGAACAUGAUUGGGUUUGCGGCAGGUAUCAUCACUGGUGCAAAUAUUGACGGUGAGAUGUUAGUCGUUUACCAGCUAUUUCUUCCCUUUUAUUUCUAUGUUGGUCCUGGUUAUGACAGUCAGUACAUUCAAAUCGGGGGCACAUACUCGAAAAACGGUUUUAUUGUCAUGUCUUAUGUCUCUUAUAGCCAGCCUCCACCAAAUCCUAACCGGCCUGAUGUUUGCAAUCCAUGUGGUAACAUCUACCAGAUUCCCGCUGCCCCUACACCCAAGUUCAACUUUUCCGAUGCUGGCAAUACAAGCACUCCUCCAAGUGAUUUAUUCCUGAGCUCUUCCGAACCCUUGAGUUCAAGUUUGUUCACCUCCUUGGACUCUAGCACUGAAUCCGCACCCAGUAUCACAUUCAGCUACAGCCACGCAUUGAACUCCAGUUUCCAAUUGAGUUCGGAAACCUUGUCAAGUGCCGAUUCUUCAAGCUAUGGUAGUUCAAGCUAUGGCAGUUCCACCUAUGGCAGUUCCACCUAUGGCAGUUCCACCUAUGGCAGUUCCACCUAUGGCAGUUCCACCUAUGGCAGUUCCACCUAUGGCUCACCUGGUUUUGGGUCAAGCGUCGAGCCAAGUGAUGUUGCUUCUGGCUUCAAUACGAUGUCCGGUUCUGGUCUCGGGUCUACUUCUCGUUCUGGAUCAGGUGCCACUUCAGGUGCAGCCGCAAGUUCCAUUGGCUGUUCCGGUUGCACUUCAUAUAUCACUACUGUCCCGCCCAGUAUCCUGGGAGCCCCAGCCGAAACCGCCGAAAUCAUUGUUACUACCCAAUCAGAUGGCACUUUGACCACAUUGACUUCGCCUUUUUCGGCAGACUCUGCUACGGUUUCGGCCAUGUCUAAUUCCGCGUGUUCUGGCUGCACAGAAUACACCACUACUUUUACUUCGCGCGAUUCUUCAGGCGCCGAAGAUACUUUAACUGGUGUUGUCGACGUUACUACAAACUCAAAUGGAGCUUUGGUUACGCUGACGUCUGUGAUUUCCGGAGCAUCGUCUUCUGGUUCUUCUACUAAAUGUUCAGGAUGCACUGAAUACACCACUACGUUUGCAUCCAGUGACUCUACUGGCGGAUUAGACACUUUGACUGGUGUUGUUGAUGUCACUACAAACAGCAAUGGUGCUUUGGUAACUCUGACUUCUCUUCUUUGUCCGGACUGCACGGAAUACACCACUACGUUUGCUUCCACUGACUCUACUGGAGGUUUAGACACAUUGACCGGUGUUGUCGAUGUCACUACAAACUCGAAUGGUGCCUUGGUGACGCUGACAUCGAUUAUCUGUUCUGACUGCACGGAAUACACCACUACGUUUGCUUCAACUGAUUCCACUGGCGGAUUAGACACUUUGACCGGUGUUGUCGAUGUUACUACGAACAGCAAUGGUGCCUUGGUGACGCUGACAUCGAUUAUCUGCUCUGACUGCACGGAAUACACCACUACAUUUGCAUCCACCGACUCUACUGGCGGAUUAGACACAUUGACCGGUGUUGUUGAUGUUACUACAAACUCGAAUGGUGCUUUGGUUACGCUGACGUCUGUUCUUUGUCCAGACUGCACUGAGUACACCACUACAUUCACCUCGCUUGAUGCAGAGAGUUCACUCAUUACUUUGACCGGUGUUGUUGACGUUACGACAAACAGCAAUGGUGCAUUAGUGACUCUGACUUCUCUCCUUUGUCCCGAUUGCACGGAAUACACCACUACGUUUGCAUCCACCGACUCUACUGGAGGUUUAGACACAUUGACAGGUGUUGUUGAUGUUACCACCAAUUCUAACGGUGCUUUGGUGACACUGACUUCUGUUCUUUCGGCAUGUUCCGGAUGCACCGAGUACACUACUAGAUUCACGUCUCUCGAUGCGGCUGGCGAUGUUGAAACAUUGACCGGUGUUGUUGAUGUUACCACCAAUUCUAACGGUGCAUUGGUGACACUGACUUCUGUUCUUUCGGCAUGUUCCGGAUGCACCGAGUACACUACUAGAUUCACGUCUCUCGAUGCAGCUGGCGAUGUGGAAACAUUGACUGGUGUUGUUGAUGUUACCACCAAUUCUAACGGUGCUUUGGUGACACUGACUUCUGUUCUUUCGGCAUGUUCCGGAUGCACCGAGUACACUACUAGAUUCACGUCUCUCGAUGCAGCUGGCGAUGUUGAAACAUUCACUGGUGUUGUUGAUGUUACAACCAACUCCAACGGUGCAUUGGUCACUCUGACUUCUGUUCUUUGUCCAGACUGCACGGAAUACACCACUACAUUCAUAUUCAGUGACUCUACUGGCGGAUUAGACACUUUGACUGGUGUUGUCGAUGUUACUACAAACAGCAAUGGUGCAUUAGUGACUCUGACUUCUUUCCUUUGUCCCGAUUGCACUGAGUACACCACUACAUUCACUUCAACUGAUUCCACUGGCGGAUUAGACACUUUGACUGGUGUUGUUGAUGUUACUACGAACUCGAAUGGUGCCUUGGUGACUCUGACUUCUUUCCUUUGUCCCGAUUGCACUGAGUACACCACUACAUUCACUUCAACUGAUUCCACUGGCGGAUUAGACACUUUGACUGGUGUUGUUGAUGUUACUACGAACUCGAAUGGUGCCUUGGUGACGCUGACUUCUGUUCUUUGUCCAGACUGCACGGAGUACACCACUACGUUUAUUUCAACUGACUCUACUGGCGGAUUAGACACUUUGACUGGUGUUGUUGAUGUUACUAGAAAUAGUAAUGGUGCUUUGGUGACGCUGACUUCUGUUCUUUGUCCAGACUGCACGGAGUACACCACUACGUUUAUUUCAACUGACUCUACUGGCGGAUUAGACACUUUGACUGGUGUUGUUGAUGUUACUAGAAAUAGUAAUGGUGCUUUGGUGACGCUGACUUCUGUACUUUCGGAGUGUUCCGGAUGUACUGAGUAUACGACUACGUUUACCUCCAGUGACUCUACUGGUGGAUUGGAGACUUUAACUGGCGUUGUGGAUACUAUUAUGAAUUCCAAUGGUGAUUUGGCGACAGUAACUUCUGUUUGCUCAGGUGCUGUGGCAAGUGUACUGCAAAAUAUUUUGGAGUCACAUACUUUUUCUCAUACCCUACUUUUGACGACUGGUGCGUAUGUGAGCAAAGUUCCGUCUAGUUCGACCUUGCUCUCUGAUGUUGACCUCCUGAUUAGCAGUCGUAGUGUCACAGUAUCGCCUUCAAGAAGUACCAGUUUUGCGCAUUCUGCCGACACUGACGAACCUGGGAUGCAUACGGGCACUUUCUCUGUGGCUACUUUUGAGCCUGCAAAGUCGCAUGUUGUUGAGGGGCUGAAUGUGAAUGUAGAUUCACAAACGUUCCUGAGGAAAAAGACUCUUGCGUCAACCGGUGGAGCCGAAGCACCUGUUAUCGCCAGUACGUUGACUUACAGGUUGUCCAGUUCAGGAGUUGCUGCAAAUUCAGGACUUGGCCAAAUUUCAGCUGCUCCUUCAGCAACCUCUAUCGCUGGUGGUACAAGAUUUAAGCGCACUACUGGUUUUGCUGCGUUGCUUUCACUUCUUGCAAUAUUUUUAUUGUAA